AUGGUAUUUCUUCAAAAUGAGCAGCAUUCUCCGACAACAGAGGAUACCGUAUCUUCAGAAAAAUGCCAAGAAACUUCCGCAGAACUUCUACUGUCAGAAGACGAGACUGAAUUACCGUCCGAUGAGUAUAGGCCUAGCAAUCAUGAAAACAAUGAAACAACCAACAGUGGACAUGCUAGAUCGUUCACAACAUCAGAUUCGCGAACCCAGGGAGAUUGGUAUCCCUUCACAUCAAAGAUUGAAAUGCUGUGCUACAUUUUUAUGAGUUCCGCAUCUCAUUCUGUGUUGCAGAUUGCACCUUUCAACAUGAUGUUUGCUGGAGUUCCACAGAAAUAUGUAAAGAUGAUUUCCUGCUUGUCAUUGAUUCAGCUACAACUGCAUAGUGAGAGCUUUGAUGAGGAUGAUCUGCAGCAUCUACAGUCAACCAUUGACAAAUAUCUCUCCUAUAUCAAAGUUCAUACACCUGAACUUCAAAGGAAAGCAAAGUCACAUCUCCUUCUUCACAUUGUUGAUGACAUAAGAAAACAUGGUCCCCCUAAAUUUUACAUAGAGGAUGCCUUUGAAAAAAACCAUGGCACCAUAAGGGAUCAAAUCUUCCUUCAGAAUCAGAAGGCACGUAGCAGGGACACUUGUAUCAAGUUUACCAAGCAUACAAUAUGCCAACAUAUUUUGUCUGGGGGAUAUUUUAAGGAGUCUGAAGAAUGGAAAAAUGCUUCAGAACAUGCUCUGCAGUUUGGAGGCAUGGCAGAGAUACAGAAAUUUAUGGAAGAGUCAGUCACCUCAGACAAAAAGAUGCCAAAUGGUACAGUCCGAAAACUAUGCCGCCAGUCAAAUAGACACACAAUGACUGAGAAAAUGACUGAUGAGAUGCUAUCCCUGCUGACCUCCGACAAUCACUCUCCAGAUGACAAAAUUCAGAGAGGAUCAGCUAUCACAGCAGGUGGUGAAAUGGUCAAUGCUGGUGACUGGGUGGAGUAUGGGACACCAGGCGAGAAUGAGAGCUGUGGAGUUUUCAAAGAAGGCGUCAUAGUUUUGCCUACCAGAGGGCCUACAAAGAUGAUGGCAAUAAUACAAAAGGCCACAGAAUGUUCGACAAGUUGUAAUUCACUGGGUUGUCCAAAAUUACAUUUGGGAAAUGAGGUUGUUGCCAUUCAUACAAGCAAAGUCAUUAAAAGACUAAAUGUUAUGCAUGACUGCCUGGGUGCAAAAUGCAGCAUACGAGACACUCGUGUAACAGAGAGGGUGGAGCAGGAAGAAGUGCUGACCAAAAAAGUUCAUUUGCAUCAUAACUAUGACCAUGCAUACUUUUUCAAAAAUUUCUACAUGCUUUAAUAGUGAUUAUUGUUAAUCUAUAUCUCUGUCCAUGUCCAACUUUUUCAAUGGUUUCUGCAAAAUUACAUCAAUGCAUCUCGUUUAGUACCGUACAU